AUGCAAGCUGCCAACCGUCUACAGACAGCCCUUCGGACGGGCAGAGGCAUUUCGUUCGGCGCAUGGCAAAUGCUUCCUGGGGCCAACCUUGCCCGGCUCAUGGCCAGAAGCGGCUUUGACUGGAUCUGUGUUGACACGGAGCACGGCAACAUUGCAGACGCCCAAAUGCACGAGGCCGUGGCUGCAAUUGCCGCUACGGGUGUUAGUCCUGUUGUACGCAUCGCUGCCAACGAGUCGUGGAUGGUUAAACGUGCCUUGGACGCAGGAGCCCAUGGAAUAGUGGUCCCCCUCCUCUACACGGUAGACGAUGCGAAGAAACUAGUCGAAUCAGCCAAAUUCCCUCCCCUGGGCAAAAGAGGCUUUGGAAGCCCAUUUCCCAUGGCGUCAUUUGGAACUCUUUCCCAAACAGAUUAUUUGUUUCAGGCGAAUGAAGCCUUGGUUACAAUUGUUCAGAUAGAAACUAAGGAGGCUCUUGAAAAUGUCGAAGAAAUCGCAAAGGUUCCAGGGUUAGACGUGCUCCUGAUCGGUCCUUGGGACCUGGGAAACAAUAUUGGCCGACCUGUUAGGGGUGAUUUCCAUCCGGACUUGGUGGCUGCAAUUGAAAGGAUUCGCAAAGCGGCUGUUAACAACGGUAAGAGGGCUGGAAUUUAUAGCGCAGAUGGCGAGUCCGCAAAGAAGUACGCGGAGCAAGGGUUCCAUAUGAUAUCUGUGAUUUCCGACGUCGCUGCUCUCCCUACCCAUCUGUCGAACUCACUGAAAACUGCUCGUGCUGGUUUAUGAGGAGUCCUCCAUACGACCCCCGCAGGAGGUGUUAUGGAGCGGCAUACAGUAUAUAGUCCCAGGGGCAUAAUAACCACACCA